AUGGCGCGGACAGGUAAUACCUAUGUUUGAUGUCCACGCACGCACGCACACACACACACACACACACACACACACACACACACACACACACACACACACUCUCACACAUUGCCCUUCCCUUAGUAUCCUCACGCUAGUGAUUCAUUACAACUAGCCUGGCGCCUCUGCUGCCUUCCUCCUGUCGUAUUUUAGCCUGUAACUCCCCUCCCCUCUGGGCCUUGAAAGAGCUCUAAAGUCAAAUAGUCACGUCUCCUGCCUGUCAUUCUUGCCUUUCCAAGGAUACAGACAGAGGAAGAGUAGCAUAGGGAUCACACAACGAUCUCCCCCCAGAGGGCUGCACAGCCCUGGGGUGAGAGGGAGGUCGUCCUCCUAGUUUGUCCAGUAAACACUGGAAGUCAGCGGAAUUGCACUGAGACUCAGAUUUUUCACUUAAAAUGUAUGCCAAACAAAAACCCUUGAUUUCAAAGUUUAACAAACUAAACUACUUUUACACUGAACAUUUUACAAAAACACCUUUACUGGAAGAACUGUGCAGAUGCAAAGUUUGGUUACAGAAUUUCGGUAAAAUCUCCCUCAGUUUGUGUCCACGUUUUCCAAAAAUUCUGUUAAAUAUCUGCUCCGAAUUAAGAUUAAACCAAAUCUGCAGAAAGAAUAAGGUCUCAGCUAUGACAUAACACAUUGACUUUGAAAAAAUCUAUGUUGGUUAUUGAACUACAGUAAGUGAAGUGGAUUUACACCCGGUAACCGAAUUGCGGUAACGGAAUUUCAUCAUGGGGUCCGUGAUCUGUACUACAUAGAAAUGCAUAAUUAUGGAUACGUACAGUAUGUCAUUCUCUUCAUGGUGAUGUAUCCUAAAUAAGUACAUAAAGGUAUAAAUAUGCAAUAUCCUCCUUUUGCAUACUUGGGUAUUGUUCUACACACUGGCUAUUAUUUUAAAGAGCUCUGCCCCCAAACAAGACCAAAUUUGGUUGGUCCGAAUCAGACCAAAUCUGAACCAAUCAUAGACAUCUAGGUUUCAUAAGUUUGGACAUCAAAGUACAGCACAGUAGAGCUCAGUAGAGUACAGUAUGGUACAGUAUAGUUUAAUACAGUAGAGUACAGUAGAGUAUAUUUCAGUACAGUACAUUAUAGUGUACUCAACUCUAGUGUGCUCUACUGUGUACUGUACUGAACUCUACUCUACAGUACAGUACUUAAAUUUCAGAUGUUUUCGGAGAUGGGCAGGGACACUGCUGUCCUAGCUUCCUGUAGGGGUGGGAGGGCCAAGAGACCUGAGGUAGCAGAACGGAGUGCUCGGGUUGGGAUGUAAGGGUUUCAGCAUAGCCUGAAGGUAGGGAGGGGCUAUAGGUAAGCACUAUGGUCUUGUAGUGGAUGCGAGCUUCGACUGGAAUACAGUGGAGUGUGCGAAGGAGCGGGGUGACAUGAGAGAACCUGGGAAGGUUGAAAACCAGGUGGGCUGCAGUGUUCUGGAUAAGUUGCAGGGGUUUGAUGGCACAAGCGGCAAGUCCAGCCAACAGCGAGUUGCAGUAGUCCAGACGGGAGAGGACAAGUGCCUGGAUUAGGACCUGCGCCGCUUGUACAAUACUCUACUUUUCUUUACUGUACUGUACUGUGCUGUCCAAACUUGUGAACCCAGCUGUGUUUUGUGACUACUAUGAUUUCCUAUUGUAGCCAAUUCAAUUGCAGAAAUGUUGUUUUAGCGAUUUCUUUCUGGAAAUUCCGUUACCAAUUUAAUAAUUCAUAAACAAAAUUGAUAUCAGUAAAAAUACUAUAACUAAUUGAUAGGUCUAACUUUACUUGUUACUUCUGUUAACUUUCAUUAUUCUCCCUCCUCAUGAGGGAGAGAAAUUAGAAAAUAUCUUAAAGAUAUGUGGGAUUUUGCAGAAGUCUCUAAAACUAAACAUGAUAUUAGUUGGCAGGUGUCUUAACUUCAACAUUAUUGUUUUUUGAUGUAUUUCUAAUACCUUUUAAGAUGUAAACUCAGGAAAAAAUAAGAAACGUCCCUUUUUCAGGACCCUGUCUUUCAAAGAUAAUUCGUAAAAAUCCAAAUAACUUCACAGAUCUUCAUUGUAAAGGGUUUAAACAAUGUUUCCCAUGCUCAAAAAAAUGUCAAUGAACAAUUAAUGAACAUGCACCUGUGGAACGGUCAUUCAGACACUAACAGCUUACAGACGGUAGGCAAUUAAGGUCACAGUCAUGAAAACUUAGGACAAUAAAGAGGCAAAACACCAAAAGAAAGAUGUCCAGGGUCCCUGCUCAUCUGCGUGAACGUGCCUUAGGCAUGCUGCAAGGAGGCAUGAGGACUGCAGAUGUGGCCAGGGCAAUAAAUUGCAAUGUCCGUACUGUGAGAUGCCUAAGGCAGCGCUACAGGGAGACAGGAUGGACUGCUGAUUGACCUCGCAGUGGCAGACCACGUGUAACAGCACCUGCACAGGAUCGGUACAUCCGAACAUCACACCUGUUUGACAGGUACAGGAUGGCAACAACAACUGCCCGAGUUACACCAGGAACGCACAAUCCCUCCAUCAGUGCUCAGACUGUCCGCAAUAGGCUGAGACAGGCUGGACUGAGGUCUUGUAGGCUUGUUGUAAGGCAGGUCCUCACCAGACAUCACCGGCAACAACGUCGCCUAUGGGCACUAACCCACCGUCGCUGGACCAGACAGGACUGGCAAAAUGUGAUCUUCACUGACGAGUCGCAGUUUUGUCUCACCAGGGGUGAUGGUCAGAUUCGCGUUUAUCGUCGAAGGAAUGAGCGUUACACCGAGGCCUGUACUCUGGAGCAGGAUCGAUUUGGAGGUGGAGGGUCCGUCAUGGUCUGGGGUGGUGUGUCACAGCAUCAUCGGACUGAGCAUCAACGCUGUGCGUUACAGGGAAGACAUCCUCCUCCCUCAUGUGGUACUCUUUCUGUAGGCUCAUCCUGACAUGACCCUCCAGCGUGACAAUGCCACCAGCCAUAUUGCUCGUUCUGUGCGUGAUUUCCUGCAAGACAGGAAUGUCAGUGUUCUGCCAUGGCCAGCGAAGAGCCCGACUCUCAAUCCCAUUGAGCACGUCUGGGACCUGUUGGAUCGGAGGGUGAGGGCUAGGGCCAUUCCCCCCAGGUGCCUUGGUGGAAGAGUGGGGUAACAUCUCACAGCAAGAACUGGCAAAUCUGGUGCAGUCCAUGAGGAGGAGAUGCACUGCAGUACUUAAUGCAGCUGGUGGCCACACCAGAUACUGACUGUUACUUUUGAUUUUGACCCCCCCUUUGUUCAGGGACACAUUAUUCCAUUUCUGUUAGUCAAAUGUCUGUGGAACUUGUUUAGUUUAUGUCUCAGUUGUUGAAUCUUGUUAUGUUCAUACAAAUAUUUACACAUGAUAAGUUUGCUGAAAAUAAACGCAGUUGACAGUGAGAGGAAGUUUCUUUUUUUGCUGAGUUUAUAUAUGCCUUAAUUCUAUUUGACACCCAAUUUGACAUGCUCCUAUGAAAUUCACAUGUUGGUGCUCAUAGGUCCUUAAACAUGGAAAUGACCUUGUGUCAUAUGAGCUGAGCUUCCCACCAGCAGGCCACAGUAGCCUCACCACAGCUGUUCUGCUCUGGGUCCAGAUAGGUAGGAUACAGCCCAGACAAAACAAAAUAAUUUUGGCCGAUGAAAUGUAGGCUACAGUAUGCAGCUAAUUCUGGGGGGCAUGACACACCAUCAUAGUUUUUACAUUGAAUAUUUAAGGACAUGGACAUUGUAAACUAGGUUGUUAGCAAUACAUGCAACAUUAAGUCAUGGCCACCCUUUCCUUUGAAAUAUCUCUGAAUCUCAUUAUCAAGGAGGAAGACAUGCAGUCAAUAAUGUGAUGGCGGAGUGUAGCUCACUGUCUCCGUUCUGUCGCAGUGAAGUCGGCCAAGAAGUCCAACUCUGUGUUGCCCUUGUGGGAAGGGCUGAAUGUAGGUCGUAGCUGAAAUCCAAGCACAGACUUUUGGGGGGUUAUGUAGGUCUGGGGUGCUCUACUGCACUGGACAACGGAGCUGUAGAGAGGAAAUAAACCGAUUUUCACACACAGCUAUUUUUAGAGUCUGGGUUUGUGAGCAGCAGCGUGCCUCCACACCCUCCUUUUUCCUUUCUGAUCUAUUUUGGAACUGAUGUUCAAAACGUGAUUGAUUUUAGAGCGGUGUGUGUUUGCCUCAGUGGUGCUGUCUCUGUCAGUGCAGGGAGAGGCAAUUAUUUUACCCUGGUUCUAUAUAUUUCUGUCCUGAACCAAAAGCGGGUGACCUGAAUGUAAUCAUCUCCUCGCCAGUCCUUCAUCGGCCAAGGGAAUGCAUAGUGCUAUGUAAUUGAGUCAGAAUCAUUUCUGUCUUUUUGUCCUGCAAUUUUGCACUCAAAUCAUAUCUUACUGUCAGGUCCUAGCCUCACAAAUGUCAGUGUUGAAAAGAUCUGAGUCAAUUGUGCCAGCCGAAGAGAGAGCAGAGGCUCCCUAAAAUAGUCUGUCAUCAAUUAAAUAUGCAUGAGGCCCUUGGAUUAGUCUGCCAGUGCAGCAUUUCGGUGACAACCAAAAGGCAGAGGUUAGUUGACUUGAAUACCCAUCACUGAGGGCAUUGGAGAGAUCCAUUUAGUUGGACAAGGCACAAUAUAAACUGUUUAUUUUACAUACAGCAAGGGAGGAGAUUGUUCCACUCUAUACAGCACACAUUCCCACCUUUUGAUUAAUUCCCACAGCCAGAGGUGGGCUGGAAGCCUCCAUUGUUUAGUGCUUUGAAGGUAGAGAGGACUGUUUACAGGAGGCUGCUGGGUUGGUUCUGUGUACUCACUCUCCUGUUGUUUCCUGCAGCACUGAGGGACACAACUAGAGGGACAAAGAAAUAAAGGGUUUCCUGUGAACACGCUCUCGGGCCAGGGUGGAUCACUAAUGAGAUUGUAAGGCAGGAGGAGAAACCAGUCAGGCCUGUCCUAACUGAAUCAACACCUCAGUCCUUCCCUCCCACUGUAUCAUACCACACCCCACCCCUGCCCACACUGUCAUGCAUGGGAAGGAGGCCCAGAGGAGAAGGGUCAAUCUGAGACAGGGACCAGGUGGGAGUGGGAGUGGAACUAUGGUCAAUGAUGGUGAGAAGGAUAGACACACAGGGUUGAAUGUGAUGGUUAGCAGUUCAUUGGAGAUGACAGGGAUAAGACUGUAGACAGUAGAUAAUUGAUUGUCUCCGAGGUAGCUAGCUUAGGUUACAGUGACUCUAAAGGUCAUCGUGACUGUGGUGAACGGUGGUGGUUAUGUAUCGAUUGUGGUUAAGGUAUCACGUUGAUGUCACCCCCCCUUAUAGCAUCCAGCUCACAACAACAAGAGUGAUGUUUGCAUGCCAAGCCAGGCCAGGGGAUGACGUAUUGUUUGUGAUUGUAGAGGAAACAUUACCACUGUAUGGGGGGGUGAUAACAGGUUAAUGAGGCUAGCUGGUCAGGGAUGAUUGUGGACUAGCUGUAAUGUUGCUGACAGUCACAUGGGGUUGUGGUUUAGGUCACUGGCUAUGGGGAUGAUUAGGCCAGACUAGGACACUCAUGCUGAACAGCAGAGAGAUUUACAUUUUUUUUUUACAUUUAAGUCAUUUAGCAGACGCUCUUAUCCAGAGCGACUUACAAAUUGGUGCAUUCAACUUAGGAUAGCCAGUGGGACAACCACCCUUUUUUUUUUUUUUUUUUUGCUGGGGUGUAGAAGGAUUACUGUUAUACUAUUCCAGGUAUUCCUUAAAGAGGUAGGGUUUCAAGUGUCUCCGGAAGGUGGUCAGUGACUCCGCUGUCCUGGCGUCGUGGGGGAGCUUGUUCCACCAUUGGGGUGUAGGAGAACACCUCAUUCACAGUGACAGAGGACACAUCCAGGUGUGUGUGUGUCUGUGUCUAUGUCUGUGUAUUACUGGGGAGAGGUUGCUUUAGGUGAUUGUUAUUCCUUGUUUGUUCCAGAACCAUGCCAUUUGGUGGCCACACCCCCUCCACCUUAGCAGUAGGCAAGCUACAGGUUUGUGUGUGUGUGUAGCUGCUGAUUGUGAUAAGUGUUUCCUCUGCUAACCUUUGAAGCAUUACGGGCCUGUGUGUGUGUGCACCAUGUUGUGCUCCUGUGUCCACCGGUGGCCCAGUCACCCCAGAGCAGCAGGGCAUGUGCUGGGAUGGAAGGAUCACGAGAGGGAGGGAGGGAGAGCAGAGGAUGGUUCACAUGGGGUUACAAAGAGUUCAUGCAGUUUCAAAUAUAACCGAAAAAAUCUCCUUCAAUUCAAUUCAAAGGGCUUUAUUGGCAUAGGAAACAUAUUUUUACAUUGCCAAAGCAAGUGAAAUAGAUAAUUUAAAUAAACAAUUACAAAUGAACAGUAAACAUUACACUCACAAUAGUUUCAAAGGAAUAGAGACAUUUCAAAUGUCAUAUUAUGUCUAUAUACAGUGUUGUAACAAUGUGCAAAUAGUUAAAGUACAAAAGGGAAAAUAAAUAAACAUAAAUAUGAGUUGUAUUUACAAUGGUGUUUGUUCUUCACUGGUUGCCCUUUUCUUGUGGCAACAAGUCACAAAUAUUGCUGCUGUGAUGACACACUGUGGUAUUUCACCUAAUAGAUAUGGGAGUUUAUCAAAAUUGGAUUUGUUUUCGAAUUCUUCGUGGGUCUGUGUAAUCUGAGGGAUGUAUGUGUCUUUAAUAUGGUCAUACAUUUGGCAGGAGGUUAGGAAGUGCAGCUCAGUUUUCACCUCAUUUUGUGGGCAGUGUGCACAUAGCCGUCUUCUCUUGAGAGCCAGGUCUGCCUACGGCGGCCUCCCUCAAUAGCAAGGAUAUGCUCACGGAGUCUGUACAUAGUUAAAGCUUUCCUUAAUUUUGGGUCAGUCAAAGGGGUCAGGUAUUCUGCCGCUGUGUACUCUCAGUUUAGGGCCAAAUAGCAUUCCAGUUUGCUCUGUUUUUUAAUUUUUUUCCCAAUGUGUCAAGUAAUUUGGUUUUGUCUAUUGUCUUUCACGCUCUCUCUCGCGAGAUAUGAAGGCUGAUCUAUGGUGUAUCCCUAGUCAUGUCCCUCAGAUGUGGAUAAAAGCUGAUGGGCUCUGUCUGUGUUUUAUAGACUGAAGAAAAGCAGACUCUUUUCCAGUUCUGUGAGGAAAUCAAGUGCAGUGUAUAUGGAGUCUGUUAGGAGAGUGAAGCAGACCAUAGUAGACUAGACCUGCUACUCUCCCUGAAGCCCUUCUCUCUCUGAGUCACAACGUACUGUAACAUGUCUCCUCCUGUUUUCCUGUUCACUUCAUCAGGGUUCUCUCUCCUCCUCACACACAAAUCACCAGGUCAGACACCCCUCUUCCUCCUGGUCUCCAUAUUCACAUUAUUACAUUAGAACUGCUGUAUGAAUGUGGUGGUGGUGUGCCUGCUUGGUUCUCUUCAGUUUUCUCAAAUUAAUAAUUUAGAAUGCUGUUCAUUGACUACAGCUCAGCCUUCAACACCAUUAAGCUCGGGGCCCUGGGUCUGAACCCCGCCCUGUGCAACUGGGUCCUGGUCUUCCUGACGGGCCACCCCCAGGUGGUGAUUGUAGGCAACAACAACUCCACAACGCUGAUUCUCAACACAGGGGCCCCACAAGGGUGCUUGCUCAGCCCCCUCCUGUACUCCCUGUUCAUUCAUGACUGUGUGGCCACACACGUCUCCAACUCAAUCAUCAAGUUUGCAGAUGACACAACAGUGGUAGGCCUGAUUACCAACAACGAUGAGACUACAGAUAAGAGGUGAGGGAAAAUAACCUCAACGCCAAACAAAACGAAGGAGCUGAUCGUGGACUUCAGGAGACUGCAGAGGGAGCACGCCCCCAUCCACAUCGACGGGACCGCAGAGGAGAAGGUGAAAAGCUUCACUUCACUGACAAUCUGAAAUUGUCCACCCACACAGACAGUGUGGUGAAGAAGGCGCAACAGCGCCUCUUCAUACUCAGGAGGCUGAAGAAAUUUGGCUUGGCCCCUAAGACCUUCACAAACUUUUACAGAUGCACCAUUGAGAGCAUCCUGUUGGGCUGCAUCACCGCCUGGUAUGGCAACUGCGCCUUCCGCAACCACAGGGCUCUCCAGAGGGUGGUGCGGUCUGCCCAACGCAUCACCGGAGGCACACUGCCUACCCUCCAGGACAUCUACAGGCCUGUUCACCCCGCUACCAUCCAGAAGGCGAGGUCAGUACAGGUGCAUCAAAGCUGGGACGGAGAGACUGAAAUACAGCUUCUUUCUCAGCAGCCUACCCUGAACUUUAGUCACUUUCACUAGCCGGCUACCACCCGGUUACGCAACGCUGCACCUUAGAGGCUGCUGCCUGUGUACAUCAAAUUUAAUUUGUCACAUACACGUGUUUAGACAUGGAACACUGGUCACUUUAAUAAUGGAACUAUCCUAUUUAACUAUUGGUGUACAUAUACUAUUAUAUCCUACGUAUUCUUCAGAUAUACUACAUAUUCUAUCCAUACUGUCCAUAAUGUAUGUCUCUGUCUGUGUCUGUCUAUCUGUCUAUCUGUCUGUCUGUCUGUCUGUCUGUCUAUUAAUCUAAUCUAAUCUACACACAGUACCAGGUUUAGACACACCUACUCAUUCAAGGGUUUUUCUUUAUUUUUACUAUUUUCUACAUUGUAGAAUAAUAGUGAAGACAUCAAAACUAUGAAAUAACACAUAUGGAAUCAUGUAGUAACCAAAAAAGUGUUAAACAAAUCCAAAUACAUUUUAUAUUUGAGAUUCUUCAAAGUAGUCACCCUUUAUUUGUGGAAUUUAUUUCCUUCUUAAUGUGUUUGAGCCAAUCAGUUGUGUUGUGAUAAGGUAGAGGUGGUAUACAGAAGAUAGCUGGUAGUCCGCUGUAGCUCAGUUGGUAGAGCAUGGCGCUUGCAACGCCAGGGUUGUGGGUUCGUUUCCCACGGGGGGCCAGUAUGAAAAUGUAUGCACUCACUCACUGUAAGUCGCUCUUGAUAAGUGCGUCUGCUAAAUGACUAAAAUGUAAAUGUAAUAGCUGUAUUUGGUAAAAGACCAAGUCCAUAUUAUGGCAAGAACAGCUCAAAUAAGCAAAGAGAAAUGACAGUCCAUCAUUACUUUAAGACAUGAAGGUCAGUCAAUACGGAACAUUUCAAGAACUUUGAAAGUUUCUUCAAGUGCAGUCACAAAAACCAUCAAGCGCUAUGAUGAAACUGGCUCUUAUGAGGACCGCUACAGGAAUGGAUGUCCCAGAGUUACUUCUGCUGCAGAGGAUAAGUUCAUUAGAGUUACCAGCCUCAGAAAUUGCAGCCAAAAUAAAUGCUUCACAGAGUUCAAGUCACAGACACAUCUCAACAUCAACUGUUCAGAGGGGACUGUGUGAAACAGGCCUUCAUGGUCAAAUUGCUGCAAAGAAACCACUACUAAAGGACACCAAUGAGAAGAAGAGACUUGCUUGAGCCAAGAAACACGAGCAAUGGACAUUAGACCGGUGGAAAUCUGUCCUUUGGUCUGGAGUCCAAAUUGGAGAUUUUUGGUUCCAACCGCCGUGUCUUUGUCAGACGCGGUGUGGGUGAACGGAUGAUCUCCGCAUGUGUAUUUCCCACUGUAAAGCAUGGAAGAGGAGGUGUUAUGGUGUAGGGGUGCUUUUCUGGUGACACUGUCUGUGAUUUAUUUAAAAUUCAAGGCACAUUUAACCAGCGAGGCUACCACAGCAUUCUGCAGUGAUACGCCAUCCUAUCUAGUUUGGCUUAGUGGGACUAUCAUUUGUUUUUCAACAGGACAAUGACCCAAAACACCUCUAGGCUGUGUAAGGGCUAUUUCACCAAGAAGGAGAGUGAUGGAGUGCUGCAUCAGAUGACCUGGCCUCCACAAUCCCCCGACCUCAACCCAAUUGAGAUGGUUUGGUAUGAGUCUGACGGCAGAGUGAAGGAAAAGCAGCCAACAAGUGCUCAGCAUAUAUGGGAACUCCUUCAAGACGGUUGGAAAAGCAUUCCAGAUGAAGCUGGUUGAGAGAAUGCCAAGAGUGUGCAAAGCUGUCAUCAAGGCAAAGGGUGGCUAUUUGAAGAAUCUCAAAUAUAGAAUAUAUUUUGAUUUGUUUAACACUUUUUUGGUUACUACAUGAUUCCAUAUGUGUUAUUUCAUAGUUUCGAUGUCUUCACUAUUAUUCUACAUUGUAGAAAAUAGUAAAAAUUAUGAAAAACCUUUGAAUGACUAGGUGUGUCCAAACUUUUGACUGGUACUGUAUGUGUGUGUGUAUAUGUGUGUAUAUAUAUAUAUAUAUAUAUAUAUAUAUAUAAUAUACAGUGAGGGAAAAAAGUAUUUGAUCCCCUGCUGAUUUUGUACGUUUGCCCACUGACAAAGAAAUGAUCAGUCUAUAAUUUUAAUGGUAGGUUUAUUUGAACAGUGAGAGACAGAAUAACAACAAAAAAAAAUUAUAAAUUGAUUUUGCAUUUUAAUGAUGGAAAUAAGUAUUUGAUCCCUCUGCAAAACAUGACUUAGUACUUGGUGGCAAAACCCUUGUUGGCAAUCACAGGGGUCAGACGUUUCUUGUAGUUGGCCACCAGGUUUGCACACAUCUCAGGAGGGAUUUUGUCCCACUCUUCUUUGCAGAUCUUCUCCAAGUCAUUAAGGUUUCGAGGCUGACGUUUGGCAACUCGAACCUUCAGCUCCCUCCACAGAUUUUCUAUGGGAUUAAGGUCUGGAGACUGGCUAGGCCACUCCAGGACCUUAAUGUGCUUCUUCUUGAGCCACUCCUUUGUUGCCUUGACCGUGUGUUUUGGGUCAUUGUCAUGCUGGAACACCCAUCCACAACCCAUUUUCAAUGCCCUGGCUGAGGGAAGGAGGUUCUCACCCAAGAUUUGACGGUACAUGGCCCCGUCCGUCGUCCCUUUGAUGCGGUGAAGUUGUCCUGUCCCCUUAGCAGAAAAACACCCCCAAAGCAUAAUGUUUCCACCUCCAUGUUUGACGGUGUGUAUAUGUGCUUUCUUGAGCAGGGGGACAUUGCGGGCCUGCAGGAUUUCAGUCCUUCACGGCAUAGUGUGUUACCAAUUGUUUUCUUGGUGACUAUGGUCCCAGCUGCCUUGAGAUCAUUGACAAGAUCCUCCUGUGUAGUUCUGGGCUGAUUCCUCACCGUUCUCAUGAUCAUUGCAACUCCACGAGGUGAGAUCUUGCAUGGAGCCCCAGGCCGAGGGAGAUUGACAAUUAUUUUGUGUUUCUUCCAUUUGCGAAUAAUUUCACCAACUGUUGUCACCUUCUCACCAAGCUGCUGGGCGAUGGUCUUGUAGCCCAUUCCAGCCUUGUGUAGGUCUAAAAUCUUGUCCCUGACAUCCUUGGAGAGCUCUUUGGUCUUGGACAUGGUGGAGAGUUUGGAAUCUGAUUGAUUGAUUGCUUCUGUGGACAGGUGUCUUUUAUACAGGUAACAAGCUGAGAUUAGGAGCACUCCCUUUAAGAGUGUGCUCCUAAUCUCAGCUUGUUACCUGUAUAAAAGACACCUGGGAGCCAGAAAUCUUUCUGAUUGAGAGGGGGUCAAAUACUUAUUUCCCUCCUUAAAAUGCAAAUGAAUUUAUAAAAAAGAUUUAACAUGCGUUUUUCUGGAUUUUUUUGUUGUUAUUCUGUCUCUCACUGUUCAAAUAAACCUACCAUUAAAAUUAUAGACUGAUCAUUUCUUUGUCAGUGGGUAAACGUACAAAAUCAGCAGGGGAUCAAAUACCUUUUUCCCUCACUGUAUAUAUAUACACACAUAUAUAAAUAUAUAUAUAUAUAUAUAUAUAUAUAUAUAUAUAUAUAUAUAUACAUACAUACAUACAUACAUACAUACAUACAUACAUACAGUUGAAGUCUGAAGUUUACAUACACCUUAGCCAAAUACAUUUAAACACAAUUCCUGACAUUUAAUCCUAGUAAAAAUUCCCUGUCUUAGGUCAGUUAGGGUCACCACUUUAUUUAAAAAAUUUGAAAUGUCAGAAUAAUAGUAGAGAGAAUGAUUUAUUUAAGCUUUUAUUUAUUUCAUCACAUUCCCAGUGGGUCAGAUGUUUACAUACACUCAAUUAGUAUUUGGUAGCAUUGCCUUUAAAUUGUUUAACUUGGGUCAAACGUUUCGGGUAGCCUUCCACAAGCUUCCCACAAUAAGUUGGGUGAAUUUUGGCCCAUUCCUCCUGACAGAGCUGGUGUAACUGAGUCAGGUUUGUAGACCUCCUUGCGCGCACACGCCUUUUCAGUUCUGGCCACAAAUGUUCUAUAGGAUUGAGGUCAGGGCUUUGUGAAGGCCACUCCAAUACCUUGACUUUGUUGUCCUUAAGCCAUUUUGCCACAACUUUGAAAGUAUGCUUGGGGUCAUUGUCCAUUUGGAAGACCCAUUUGCGACCAAGCUUUAAUUUCCUGACUGAUGUCUUGAGAUGUUGCUUCAAUAUACCCACACCAUUUUCCUUCCUCAUGAUGCCAUCUAUUUUGUGCACCAGUCCCUCCUGCAGCAAAGCACCCCCACAGCAUGAUGCUGCCACCCCCGUGCUUCACGGUUGGGAUGGUGUUCUUCGGCUUGCAAGCGACCCCCUUUUCCCUCCAAACAUAACUAUGGUCAUUAUGGCCAAACAGUUCUAUUUUUGUUUAAUCAGACCAGAGGACAUUUAUCCAAAAAGUACAAUCUUUGUCCCCAUGUGCAGUUGCAAACCGUACUCUUUCUUUUUAUGGCGGUUUUGGAGCAGUGGCUUCUUCCUUGCUGAGCGUGCUUUCAGGUUAUGUCGAUAUAGGACUCGUUUUACUGUGGAUAUAGAUACUUUUGUACCUGUUUCCUCCAGCAUCUUCACAAGGUCCUUUGCUGUUGUUCUGGGAUUGAUUUGCACUUUUCGCACGUUCAUCUCUAGGAGACAGAACGCGUCUCCUUCCUGAGCGGUAUGACGGCUGCGUGGUCCCAUGGUGUUUAUACUUGCAUACUAUUGUUUGUACAAAUGAACGUGGUACCUUCAGGCUUUUGGAAAUUGCUCCCAAGGAUGAACCAGACUUGUGGAGGUCUACAAUUGUUUUGCUGAGGUCUUGGCUGAAGUAUUUUGAUUUUCCCAUGAUGUCAAGCAAAGAGGCACUGAGUUUGAAGGUAGGCCUUGAAAUACAUCCACAGGUAUACCUCCAAUUGACUCAAAUUAUGUCAAUUAGCCUAUCAGAAGCUUAUAAACCCAUGACAUAAUUUUCCUGAAUUUUCCAAGUUGUUUAAAGGCACAGUCAACUUAGUGUAUGUAAACUUCUGACCCACUGGAAUUGUGAUACAGUGAAUUAUAAGUGAAAUAAUAUUUUUGUAAACAAUUGUUGGAAAAAUUACUUGUGUCAUGCACAAAGUAGAUGUCCUAACCGACUUGUCAAAACUUCAGUUUGUUAACAAGAAAUUUGUGGAGUGGUUGAAAAACAAGUUUUAAUUACUACAACUUACGUGUAUGUAAACUUCCGACUUCAACUGUUCAAACAUAUUCUGGACUCUGAUAUUGCUCGUCCUAAUAUUUCUAUAUUUCUCAAUUCCAUUCUUUUACUUUUUAGAUUUGUGUGUAUUGUUGUUUAUUGUUCGAUAUUACUGCACUGUUGUAGCUAGGAACACAAGCAUUUUUCUACAUCCGUAAUAACAUCUGCUAAAUAUGUGUAUGCGACCAAUACCAUUUGAUUUAGGGUUUCUCACAUGGGCUUGCUCUGUCAUGCCUCUUUAGCCUUCCAUUUUUCAGUGCCUUGAAGGGAAAAUGGUAUCAACUGCAUUAUAAGGAAAUAAAGCCCUCAAUGUCAGAGGAGACUGAGGCUGGCUUCUGAGUGAUUCUGUUAUUCCAGGGUUGUCCUUAGCAACAGAACAGAAUGUCUCACUACACGCAAUGCAAUUACAUUUUUAUUUAUGGAUGGCCUAGGCCUGCAACAUUCACUACCCUACUCCAUACACACAAGGUUCAUUAGUGUACAUUGUUUGUGAGGAAAUGUAUGUCUACGUUAUGGUUAACACAACAUUCUAAUGUUGUAGCAUACACAUAACUGUGCUACCAUGCUAAAUAGUUCAUUAUGAGUGGACAGCUACUCAGUAUUUAAAGCCUUAUCAUCAAUCAAGCUUUUACUGUUCUACUGAUGCAAUUACUGCACCGGCAUAUCUCAACAGUACCUCUAGGCAUGAGUUAACGUUAGGCUAAUGCUUGCAUCUAAUCUCAAAGGCUUUAUUGUGUGUUGAUGGGUGGAUUAUGCUAACUGUGUAACGGUUAUUUCUGGGCUCUCUCUUGUGUUACACUGGGUUUGUGAGGUCAGGCUGGAACGGAUGAGGGCUGUGCUGUGGUUCUACUCAUUAAAUGGAUACUCUGAGGAGCUAUGAGAAGGACUCUCUCUUCCAUAGCAGUCAUCAAUUGAGCUUUUGUAUGGGACAGGGAAUUCAUUAACUCAAUAGGAAUGACAGUGUCCUAAUCUGGCCGAGGCUGAGGGCUGAGAGGCUGGCUAUUCUGGCCUGGAAAUACUGAUAAUUUACAUUUAGAUUUUAGUCAUUUAGUAGACGCUCUUAUCCAGAGCGACUUACAGUUAGUGAGUGCAUACAUAUUUUUUUCAUACUGGCCCCCCGUGGGAAACGAACCCACAACCCUGGCGUUGCACGGGGCCAGAGCAGACAUCAUAGCGGAGGGCAUUUAUAUCCAUAUACUAUCAGAUGGAUUGGAGCUAUACAGUUUUUUGUUGUAUUACUAAGUCUCUACAAUACAAUAGAGAUAACCCUAGUCAGUAGCUUUCUAUCUGCUGUGGUGGUUAGUGGGGAUGGACAUGGGAGGAGGCAGUUGGCUUUAGUCAGUCAUGGUUAGGGGGUUAAUGAGUUGUUAGGUGUGUGUAGUUGCUGUAGAUGUGUGUGUGUGUGUGUGUGUGUGUGUGUGUGCAUGUGUGUGUAAAUGUGUAGAUGUGUAGAUGUGUAGAUGUGAUAACAACCCACACUUCCUGUUUGUCUCCAAGGGGAGCCGUGUGAUUGGUGGGAUGAGUCAACAGCACUCUACUGAGUCUGCUUUUUUAGUAGAACACUCAUCCUGGGGGAAGCCUCCACCAAGGUCAACACUCUACAGAUUAGCUGUCUGCAAUGGGAGGAGCUUCAAAGUUUCUCUGAUAGAGUUCAUGCUUUGUUUGAGGGUUUGUCUUGCGCAUCAAUUUCCCCUCACUAGAAGAAAGACAAGUUAGUUUGCACUGAGGGUAGAGGAGUUUUGAACAAAAGUGACCAGCCUGAGAUUUAAAAUCACAGAUCGCAGCGAUGUCGUACACAAGCUACGUCGUAAACAGAACACAAUGCCAUUAAGUCACAUAUCCUAUGUAGCGGUGGCUACAGGGGAGAUGAUAUUGAAGAAGUAAUUGAGAAUAUGACAGUGGUGUGAUGAGUGGGGACCAAGUGGCACAGUGGUCUAAGGCACUGCAUCGUAGUGCUAGAGGCGUCACUACAGACCCAGGUUCGAUUCCGGGCUGUAUCACAACCAGCCAUGAUCGGGAGCCCCAUAGGGCAGCGCACAAUUGGCCCAGCGUCUUCCGGAUUAGGGGAGGGUUUGGCCGGGGUAGGCUGUCAUUGUAAAUAAGAAUUUGUUCUUAACUGACUUGCGUAGUUAAAUAAAAAAAAAAAAAAAAAAAAAAAGUGGCAGUGGUGUGUGUGAGUUAUCGUCACAUCUCUGAAAUGGCCACUGCAGCGAGGAGCAUAUCCCAGCAACUCCUCCCAGCUCCCCGUGCUAUUUUUACCAGCAGCCAUAUUCUCAUCAGCUCAUUGGAGUGAUGGGGAAAUGGAGGAGAGGAGGCAGUUGCUCUCAUACUGAAGAGAAAGAGAACAAACAGGAGAGAUUGGUUACCAAUCCAUUGCUUAAGGGGGAGGAGCUGCAGCCUCGUGGACAGCCAUCUUUGUAAAGACACCACAGUGUACUAAAGCAAAAGUGUACUAAAGCAACAUGUAGAGUCGACCGAUAUAUUUGUCUUAAAAAUAUAAUAAGCGUAUGUAUUUUAAUUAAUCCACCAUGACAAAGCAUUACCUCAAACCUUAUUGGGUUGAGCAGAAUAUCUUAGUAGGAAUAGUAGUAUGUUAACUUCAUAUUUUUGGUAAUGGAGAGUGGAAGGCAGAAACAGAGAGAUGCAGAGAAGGAACAAUAUAAGAGCGAGAUAGUGGGCGAGAGAUGAGUUUGACUGGCUCUGCCAUCCUGUCAUCAAUUAACAUGGCAGUGUUACAUAAUCUCGUCACCAACGCACCAUAGAGCUGUUUAAUACUGACUACACCAACUGGCCCGCUGUCAGGAGCCAUUAACAUGUAGCACGCACGUGAGAGCCGUUGACAGCCAUGAUCGCAUACAUCUCUAUGUGAUAUGUCAUCAUUUCUUGUUAUUUUGGAUUAUGUGUGCAAAACUGUGUACACGACCAAUAAACUUUGAUUUGAUCUCUACACACACACACACACACACACACACACACACACACACACUCUCCCCACACACACUCUCCCCACACAGUAGUGUUACUCAGACUCACAGGGUUUCUACAGCACCUCAUAAUGAAUGCAUAAAUAAACAAGACUCAUCUUUAACUUGUUGUCCUCCAAUUUAAGUGGUCAUUGUCACUGUUCAAUGAAUUAUUUUGUCACCAUGUGUCAUGCUUGAAUGAUGACACUAACCAGGUUUCCAUAAGUCGAGGUUGCUGAGGGGAUGACGGCUCAUAAUAAUGGCUGGAAAGGAGCAAAUGGAAUGACAUCAUAUACACCAUGUUUGAUGUAUUUGAUACCAUUCCACUGAUUCUGCUACAGUUAUUACCACAAGCCCGUUCGCCCCAAUUAAGGUGCUACCAACCUCCUGUGGUUUCCAUCCAACCUUUUUAUGCCAGUAAAGUACAUGUUGGAUAAAAAAUGUCACAACAGGCCUGAUGUAAACAGCACAUUCGUCAGUAAACUUUCCAAAUGUCGACAAAACAAAUCAUUCUAGACAAGGUGGGAUCUUUUUGUGUCUGUAAAAUUAAUUAUAGGAGAAAUGGCGGUGGAAAUGCUUUUAUUUGCAAAUAUUGAUAUAAUAACCAUCAUAUCAACGUAAACGUGGAGUCACACGAAGAUAUGUUGUGUGGUCGUUCCACUACGACUCGGGAAACCAUGCAGUUUAUUAGGCUACAGAUGAAAUAAGUUAUGAUGAACUUCACAGGGUGGUGAAUGCAGGGGUGCAAUGCGGGACAUGUCCCCCCACUUCUAAAACCAAAGUUGUGCCCCUGGGUGAAAGUACACGGUGAUGAGCUUGAUGCUCCUUUCAAUAAGUAUUUAGGGUCUUAUGUCUGGUGACAUGAUGAUCGAUGCUUGGCUGCCGUUUGAAUUUUUUUAAUAAUCUUGCACUUUUGUCCACAAUAAUCUGUAGACUAUAACCGCACUGUAUCUGCAAGUUGUUGGCUAGAGCGCACGUGGCAAUACCAGAGUGGGCACAUUCUCUAUAUACGCAACAUUCAGUAGAGUUGAAAAUGCAAUGGAAACCCAUUUAACUUGUAUUUUUUAUUCAGUCCAUGGGAAUUUAACUUCCAAAGUUAUUUUUAUGUGCAUUACGUCAUUAUGCACAUACGUUUUUCCAAAACAAGUCAAUUUAAUGGAAACAUAUCUCUGAUGGAAAAAGUUACACAUUUUUAUUUCGGAUUGUAGAAUAUUCGCAUGAAAAUCUGUUGUCAAUUGGAUGGAAACCUAACUACUGACUGUUUAAACAUGCUUUAUCUUGGAGCAUAUAUCUGGGUUAAUCUCACUCCAAUUUUAGCCACAUUUGCUGUGUGGAAGGCUAAAUCAAUAUUGGCCAUACCAUCAGCUAACGUUGUCUUAUCUUCCUGGUUGACUGACCUGUUCCACUCUCUGAUUGGCUCCAUCAGGUACAACCCGCCCCCCACGUGACGGAGAGGUCCCUGGAAUAGAUUAUAACUUCCUGCCUGUGGAGGACUUUCUGGCGCUGGAGCAGAGUGGGACCCUUCUGGAAAUAGGAGCAUAUGAAGGUAACAAUCUGCAGCAAUGCUCAGUCACUCAGUGUCCCGAUAGUCUGAGUGUGUCACUAACUAGGGGCCCUCAGAAGUGAACCAACAUGUAGAAGUAAACCACCCAUGUCAUCAGUUGAAUGCUGGACAACUUGUUUACUUUGGUAUUUACUGUAUGUGGGUGUAGUGUGCUGUAUAUCUCUGGAGGUGAGUGUACUAGGUGUUUUUUAAUUAAACAGGCUUCUGCAUUUAGUACAGUAAUGACUACAAGGGACCAUUCACAGCCUAUGUGUAUAAACCCGUUCCCACAGGCUAAAGUCAUCAUUACCCUGGCAUUAUGUUCGGUGUGAAAGGGGUCGAAGCCGUGAGAGAGGGGAAGGUGUCUGCCAUUGUUCGCACGUAACUUCCAGUGUUGUGUAUAUUUUAAUAGCAAAGAAUCGCAGUCAACACCUGUGGAGCAUUACACAUGUCAUGCAGAAAUACCAUUCAUUCACAUGCACAUUUAAUGAAGUGGCUGUUCCGUCCCUGUAGCUUGGUCAGUGGGCCCAGACAAUGCUCCACUCUCCCGGAGAAAACAAACAGUGUCCUCACUUCCUCCAAUAGAAUGCACUAGACUACAAAUCCCCAAAGAAACUCUAUGGUCAUGCCUUCUUAGCCCCCUCAUCUGCAUACAAAGACUCUGUGAUUAUACCCCCCUCUUCUCCCGCCUUCCCCUUUUCCCCCUCCCUUCUUUUUUUCUAAACAUGCUAAUAUCCCCCUGUUGCCUAGGUAACUAUUAUGGAACACCCAAGCCGCCGAGGCAGCCCCCUAGUGGGAAAGUGAUUACCAGUGAUGCUUUGCAAGACAGCCUCCCGGGCUCCCAGCACUCCACUCCCCGACGCACCAAGUCCUACAAUGAUAUGCAAAAUGCUGGAAUAGUGCCUGUAGACCUGGAGGAGGACGAGGAACUCCCAGAGAUGAACAGUAGCUUAACAGGUAAGAGAGAGAGGGGAGAGAGAGAGGGAAGGACUGGUAGAGAGUGGGUGAGGGAAAAGGAGAGUGGGAGGAAGACGGGGUAGGGGAGAGGGGGUGGGAGGGAGGUACUGCUGUGCUAUGGGAAAGGGUGCAGGAUACAAGUGGUCCUUUGUGUGGUGAGUGGUUAGUUGGUUGUUCAGUCUACGUCCGCCACUGUCUAUCUGAGAGUAGAAAAAAUAGUGCCACCUGGCUGCGAUAGCAGGAAGCAGAAUGUGCAGCUUUCAUGUUUGAAACCAGUAUGGUGGCUUUCUGUCUGUUUCUGUCUGAAUUAGGUUGUUAAUGGUCACUAAUAUAGCAUGAUUUGACGUGUGCUGUUUUAGAGAAUGAAUAUGUAUCUGCUCAGUGCACUUGUAGAGGCGUGUUGUAGAAGUGUUUUAUUUUUUGUUCUUUGUGUGUGUGUGUGUGUGUGUGUGUGUGUUCUUGAUAUCAGUUUUCAUCUAACAUCUCACUGUUUUCUCUUGUUUUUGUAUUUGCAAUAGAUAAUAAAUAUUUUUCUAGAAAUACUAGACUCGUGAACACAGGUUGGUCUACAUGUAUGAGCCACGUAUUGCUGUUUUUUACAUGUUGUGAUUGCUGUUUGGUGACUGUGUUGUGUUUGGUAAUGUUCCAUAUUUUUCAUAUGAGAGUAUUAUGUGAGUACUUCACUACAUUGUUCGUUUUGAAAUGCAAGAAAGCAAUUUUUUAUGUGUUGGAAUAUCAGCGCUUUUAAACAAAUCUAUUCCCCUCUCCUGGUGUAACCUACUUAGAUUUGUGAUUGGGUCAUAUUAACUGACCCUUACUCUUCAGCAAUGUAGCAUGACUCAGGUCUGAAAAUAUUGGUAGUGAUGUGGGUUUGAUUUCAGAUUGGACCAAGAGUAGUUUAUUUUUUACCAGUAUUUUUUAUUUCUCUGUAAGAGGAGAGGCAGCCUAGCCAGAUGCCAGGGGUGUGAAUGUGUGAACAGGAUUUGAUGACCUCAGAGAGAACAGGAAGAGAGGUGGGGGCACUAAUCUAAUCAUCACUCUCCCCAAGAGGUCAGAUCAGGGGCCUCGCUCAGUCAGCCACAACAGUAGUCAAGUGUUUGCCAAGUGUGUGUGUUUGUGAAAGAGAGAGAGAUUCCUUUACCUCUAAACUACUAGGCUACAUACAGUAUCAGACUGGUCGGACAGAUAUGAGGCCACCAAACUAUAGUGUCAUUACCUCAGAAUGUGUGUGUGCAUUUUGUUUACACACGUUUUCCUCUACCGGCCACCAUCCCCCCACAGGAGACUCGAGUGAACCCGACGAGCACCCCUACGCCCCGCGUGAGAACGCCCCGUCCUACGGUGUGAACAACACAUUGUCAUCCACCACGGAGGGCUCUCAGCAGACACACACACACCUCAGCCAUCCUCCCACAGAAGAGGACCCCCUGGGACCUCUAACAGACAACUGGGAGAUGGCCUACACCGAGAACGGAGAGCUCUACUUUAUAGAGUACGUACCCUAUAACAUAUUCUACACCCCAUAACACAUCAUGUAACAUAGGCUUCAUGGGCCUAUACCCAACAUCCAUAAUAGUAUUUAAAUUAGAAUCUUCUCAAGAAAAUAUUGUGCCACUUUCUACCUUUGAUACUUGCCUUUAACAUUGAGUCUGAUUACUUCACAGUGUGUAUCAUAUUUAGCCAUGGAAGUGAGGAUGUUUUUCAGACAGUGAGUGUUUGUUGACUUCCCAGUCAGAACAAUGUGUCUGUCUGUCUGACUCUGUCAUGUGCGUCUAUCUAUAGCCACAACACAAAAACUACUUCCUGGAUCGACCCACGCUGCCUGGACAAACCUCCCAAACCUCUGGAAGAAUGUGAAGACGAUGGUACGUCCAACACAGGCUCUGUGUGUGUGUGUGUGUGUGUGUGUGUGUGUGUGUGGUGAAAUCAGAUAAUUGUCUGUCAGAUCAGUUGUUCUAUGAGUGGCCUGCAGAUGGCAUACUUGAGCCACCGUAGUGUGAGAUGAGAUGAGACGCAGUAAUAUUAUUUUCUCUCGUGUGUUGCCUGCCUGCGCUCACGUCUGAGCAAGAUGCCCCGGCAGCCUGAAGGACUGACUGGGUUAUUUGCAUCAUCUAGCAUCAAUAAAAUAUGUACCUUGAACUGCAGAGGAGCGCCCGCCCACCCACACAAGACAUUAGCAUUUAAUCUGCCUCUCUCUCCCCUCCUCUCUCUAACCCACCUCCUCUCCCUCCCCACCUCUCUCUCCCGUCCUCUCUCUCCCGUCCUCUCUCUCCCCACCCUCCUCUCUCUCCCCACCCUCUCGGCCUCUCGAUCGCCCACUCCUCUCCUCUUUCCCUCCUCUCUCCUCCUCUCUCUUCCCUCCUCUCUCUUCCCCCUCUCUCUCCCCACCUCUCUCUUCCUCCCUCUCUCUUCCCUCCUCUCUCUCCCCACCUCUUCUCUCCCCCCUCUCUCUCCCCACCUCUCUCUCCCUCCUCACUCUCUCUCCCCCUCUCUCUCCCUCCUCUCUCUCCCCACUCUCUCUCCUCUCCUCCCCCCCCAUCUCUUCUUCCUCCUCCUCUCUCCCUCCCCUCUCCCUCCUCUCUCUCCCCACCUCUCUCUCCCCCACCUCUCUCUCUCCCUCCUCUCUCUUCCCUACCUCUCUUCCCCCCCACCUCUCUCUCCCCCCUCUCUUCCUUCUCUUCCCUCUCUUCCCCCCUCUCUCUCCCCCCGUCUCUUCCUCCUCUCCUCCCCGCCUCUCUCUCCCCUCCUCUCUCUCCUCCUCCCCCUCUCUCUCCCUCUCUCUCUCCCCCACUCUCUUCCUCUCUCUCCCCACCUCUCUCUUCCCCUCCUCUCUCUCCCCACCUCUCUCUUCCCUCCUCUCUCUUCCCUCCUCUCUCCCCACCUCUCUCUCCUCUACCAUGUGUCCUCUCCAUGUGUUCUGUGGUACUUUUGUUGAUGAGAUGGCUCCUAUUAGUUCUGUCCUCUCAAGCCGCUGCAAGAGGACACAUUGGAUAGAUGGAGAGAUUAUUCAUAUUGUCAAGCAUAUGGUGCAUGAACUAUAAUUCAUAUUUAGUGGCAGCUGUUUUCACCCGCCCCAACCUAAAAUGGUCGGUAUUACAAUAUGUCUGUCUCUAUGGUAUGACACAUUUAUUUCACAUUAAUGUACCUAUUGAUUUCUGGAGCUGGUUUUUCGAGAGGUUUAGUAAGUAUGAAAGAGUGCCACCCAAUGGCGAAGUAGAAAGUGUGUUUAACAUUAUGGUACAGACCGUGGCUAAUAUAAAGAUAUUACAUAUAUUGGCAUGAUGCAUAUAUUUUAUUUUAUUACCAUUCCAGACACAUGAUGUUUUUUACAGUGUAUGGAGCCAAAUUUUGCUGCUCUCUUCACUUGCUUGGGGCUUGGAAUCAAAAUCAAUCUCUAACCCUCUGGUGCUCUCUCUCUUUCUCUCCCCUGCUCUCUCUACUUUUUUCCCCCCUGUCUCUCCACCCCCCACCCUUGGUCCUCCACUCUCUCUCCUGGUCUGCUGUCUUUCUCCUGGAGAAGAAGGGGUACACACAGAAGAGCUGGACAGUGAGCUAGGUAGGCCUCUCUCUUUUCUCCCCUCUCCCCUGCUGUGUCCUCUGGGAAACCUGCCUACUGUAUAACAUGCUCCCUGUACUGCUUAUUACAGUUUAAAACAUCUCUCCCUUUCUGCCUAGAGGGUGUAAACAUUAUAAUCAAAUGGUUAAUAAUAUAUUGUAAUAUAUUGUCUGUGUGUGCGUGCAUGUAUGUGUGUGCGUGUUUGCAGGCUUGUGUCUGCUGAGUGGGCAGUUCUUACAGGGUUAACCCACACGCCCGGCGAGCCAGCAUGCCAUAACAAAGAGAGAACCAUUCACGAGAGGCACAUUGACCUGAUGAUCAUUUCUUAAUGGGCCUCUCGUCAAAUGGACCUCUCACUCUCAAGCCCCAUCAUUCCAUCCACUGUGGCUCAUAUUAUAACCGGGCUAGCAAAGAGCACUUUACCCACCACUGUCUGCUGGUGCAUCAGUCUCUGGAGUCAGAUGGAGGCUUUAAACAGCCAUGGCUCUGAGGUGGGCUCAGAAAACUACUGCCCUCUAUUCUAUUUCAAUGGGGAAUACAUGGGUGAAUAGUCACAAUCCUCCAAUGUCAUUAGUAUUUGAGAAUUUCUGUUCUUGCCUAUUAAUCAGAGAUUGAUUUUAGAUCUGAGAAACCAGGAGUGUGCAAUACCAGGUCAAUCAGUGAUAUCAAUUGAUCAAUUAAUUGCUAGGGAGACAUAAAACACCCCUGCACCCCUGGGUUAAGGUCUGAGGUAAGUGAGGGUGAGCUGAUCCUAGACCAGUGUUAAGCCUCUGAGAAGGUAUCCUCCAUGUUGUGAACAGCAGCCAGGGUAGGAGCAGCCAUUGUUAAUACCACAGCUCAGAUUGGAUGAACACAGUCAAUAGGUAUCGAUUGUGAAAUCCGAUACAUGGAGAAUAAGGCAAUUACUCCAGUAGUGUAUAGGACAGCAGACGUAUGGCCCCUGUAGUGCAGCCCCUCGCUCAGGAGAAAUCAAAUAGUCAGGAAGACGGAAUGAGAUGCAAACAAUUUAAUCAGCAAUUUGUCACCUGAGUCCCCCUGGAGCUGGAGUGUGCAUGGGAGUCGUCAGGGGAGCGUGGAAAGGGGAAGCUCUUUUUGAUAAGUGUCAGAUUCAUCCCACUACACCCACUCAGUAUCAGCAAGGCCAGUAGUGACGUGAUGGCUCUGGCGCCCAGCAAUAAUAACACACAGGCAGGAUCUCCUUUAGAAAUACCGCCAUUGGUGGAUGGGAGGGGUGGAUGGGAUGGGACGGACGGAGGGAGGGAUGGAUGGAUGGAGGGAGGGGUGGUGGGGUGGGGUGGGAUGGCAGGGAGGGGAGGGAGGGAGGGAUGGGUGGGGAGGGGAGGGGAGGGAUGGGAUGGGGUAGGUAGGUAGGUAGGUAGGUAGGUAGGUAGGUAGGUAGGUAGGUAGGUAGGGAUGGAUGGGUAGGUGGAUGGAUGUAUGGGUGGGUGGGGGAAUGAGGGGUUGGGGUUGUUGUACUGUUUUUCUUUCUGUUCUCAUAUCUGAAAAUCCAAUCAUAAAGUACAUUAAAAAAAAAGAAAUACAACCACUCUGGUGUGAAAUACAGAGUGAUUCUAAUUUACAGUGAGUGAGGUGCUACUGGCUCAAAGUAUAAUGUUCCCCUUCAGAACAUCUGACAAUAUUAAAGCCUAGUCCUUGUAUUGUGAAUGUUCCAAACAUAACACAACACCCCCUUUAUUCCUUGCCGUCACUCUCGCAGCUUAACAGCUUGACUCCAAAUCCUCUAAAGCUGGUGGAGGUCAUGUGUACACCACUCAUCAGAGGUAAUAGGCUGAAGCUAAAGACAUGCAGGACGGAUACUGUACAGCAGAGUAGUCAGUCACACACAAAUCUGUUAGUAACCAAUUACAGCACUCUGACGUUUCCCUAUAGCCAUUAGUACAGUAGCUAGCUAGCUCCAUCUCUGCUAUUCUAAUCACACUGCUCUGUAUGGAGAGGUAAUGAGUUGCUCUGCCAUACUGAGACAUACUGAGACGGUAUCAAUGUAGCAGACUUUACAGCAGAUGACUAAUGCAUGUCUCUAUCUAAUCAGUCCUGAUUUAGUUAGUCUCAUUUUAUGGCAGUGUUGUCAGGCCAUUUAUGGCAUUCAUUCUCAGCAUCGAUGUCAUGGAAGAUAUACAUGCGUGUGUCCCUGCUUACACACAUCUAAAAAUAAAAACAUUCUCUCACACAACUCAUCAUUAAUGAAUAAAGACAUGAUCAAGUGAAUGAUCAAGUUGGUGAAGUUCUACAAUGCCAUGUGACAAAGACAGUGAUAAACCAAUCAAGGACAACAUUGAAUACCAUUAUAUACACACCCCACCUACAUCAGGGAUUGUACAUCAGAUUCCCUUUUCAUACUGCCAUGAAAAAAAUGAAAAAAUAUAUUCACCGUGAUGUAUUUAAACCACACAUUUUUAAACCAAAAUUGACAUUUAGACCACCACACACAUAUACCACCAGCUCCUCUUCUCCAUCUGAGCAUCUGGUGUUGAUCAUGAUUGGUCAAAUCCCCCCGUAGUGUCUUUAUCUGAUGUGUUAAAUGUCAGUAGUGUCCUGCCAGGAGCCAAUAGCCAGGUCCAGACAGCCUCUGGAGAGCCUAUGUAGUCCUGUUCCCUCCCCGGUGACUGACAGGCUGUGUGUGGUAGGAAAAGGUAUUCACUGACCUUCUGUAUGAACACUGAACACCAUCUCUAACAACCUGCUGUUUCCUCCUCCCUCUACCUCUCUUCCAGAGCUGCCAACAGGCUGGGAGAAAAUAGAUGAUCCAGUCUACGGGGUUUACUAUGUGGAGUAAGUAGUGACACACACAUAUCUCUGUCGCAUUUCGCAUGACCUCACUGUACUGUACAUUCACAAUGCAUUUAACACUGAGCAGUGGCCCAGAACAUUGCAAAACAACGUCAAAUGCAGUACAAAUGCAGGCUGUUAUUUUGGUCUCUACUGUUUUUGGGGAAUAUAGGUCAUUUUGUUGCCGUCAUGAUGGUUUAGAAACGGGGUUUCUCAACCAGUGGGAGACCCUUGGGGCUGUGCAUUAAUAGCAAUACAUUCAUAUGUUUUGAUGUUGUUCAAAGUAAUACCUUAGAGGCAGAGGCCGAGUUUUGUUCACUGAAUUUUUUCAAUAUAUAUUAUUCCUAUUGUUUCCUGUUUAAUGCAUAAUUAAAUAAUGUUUCCAUACUGUUUGAAGUGUAUGUGUACUGCUCUUUUAAUUCCUUGUCAGGUUGUGGUAUGACGUGGUUGUGGUGGUGGUGUUAACCUCCUGAAGCAGUGCUCCUCAGUGAUUGUGUGAUGCUGUUGAUAUUCAGGCCUCGUCGUCUCUGUCUCCUCUGAUCACCAGAGCACUGUCUGUACCAGACUUGACUUCCGUGACUUAAGGCCCUGGCUCCUGGAGCAUAGGCCACCAGAGACGUUGUCUAUCUGUGUGUUGUGUUCACUCCUUCAUCACUGCCUCUCUGUAUCUCAAUCUUUCUCUUUCUUUGUCCCUUCCUCUCCAUCCUUUGGCUUUCUUCUAUUUUUUUUCUCUCUCUCUCUCUCUCUCUCUCUCUCUCUCUCUCUCUCUCUCUCUCUCUCUCUCUCUCUCUCUCCUCUCUCUCUCUCUCUCUCUCUCUCUCUCUCUCUCUCUCUCCUUUCCUGUUAUUAUCCCCCUUGUUCUUACUUACUCUCUACUUUUCUCUAUCCCUCUCCCUUCCUGUCUCAUUCUCCUCAUUUCUCCUAUUUUCCCUCCCUCUCUUCCUCCCUCUCUCAGUCACAUCAACAGGAAGACCCAGUAUGAGAACCCUAUACUGGAGGCUAAGCGGCUGAAGCAGCUCGAGCAACAGCAGCCACCAGAAGGUGAGCGCUACAUCCGAGGUUCGUUUCCAGCCCCGCCGGGCGUCAUUCCUUUCUUUCUCCAUGUCUGUGAUCGUGCUUAUCUGUCUCUUUGUCCUGCUGCUCUGCUCUACUCUGCUUGUGGCGCUUUAUCAUUUGCUAUCGAGAAACCAUAAAGGCAUACCUAUGAUUUAUUUUUAUGGCCUUGAAGAGAGGUCUUUUUGGUUUAAUUUGGCAAUGUUUUAAGUGUCACUGAUUCUCUCUCCGAAGGAUUUGUGCUUAUAUGAAUAAUUUUGGAAGUGUGCAGUUCUAGGUAAGUUUGGGCUUGACAAUUAUACAUUGACGAGUCUGUUACAGCAUUGUAAAUGUAUCCCUAUAUUUCUAUUCUUUCUGGGUCUUGCUCUCCCAGUGAAAAGUAUUUCAGGACAGGUGCUUUAAGUCUGAGUGUGUCCUGAGUUUACCUCUCUUUAGUUUAUAUGUAGGAUGUCCUCCAGAUUUUCUCUAGACAUGCAGGUCACACCACUAGGGACCAGCCUAUUGAUCCCCCUUCUGCAGACUCAGCUAAAUGCGCUUCUGACUUAAUUACUUGCUGCCUUUUCCUCAUUUAAGCUCAAUAUCUCUUUACGCUCAAUAUCUGUGAAGACUUUUACUCUUUCAUUGAUUGAAUCUUGAUACUGAGAAUAUCAAUGAAGACUUAAGCCUCUGAUACAUUACACAGUGAGGCUGCCAUUUAGAUCUGUCAGAGAUUGGAUUACAUGGUAUUACUUUCAUCGGCAGCCAUUGUGGCUCAAUGCAGUACAGUAGUUUCCUAGCCACCCAUUGUGGUGAACCAUAAGGAAUCAGUGUAACUGUACAGGCACCAGAGACAGGAAGUAUGCCCUUUGCUGUUCCAGAAUGGAUAGAGGACGCCACCCUGGCUGGUGCCCCCCUGGCCAGCUAUACCGCUAACCACCAGGAGACCUACAGGGACCCCCAGGCCGGACCCCCACUGCCGCCCCUCAUCGGUCCCAAACGUAAGUCCUGGUCUGGUUAAUAUCCUAGUUUUAUGAGGGUAUUGGUCCAUUUCUAUCUGCAACAUUGUGGAUGUGUUCCCUGUUCCCUCAUCCUCCUCUCUCUCUCUCUCUCUCUCUCUCUCUCUCUCUCUCUCUCUGUCUCUCUCUCUGUCUCUCUCUCUCUCUGCCUCACUCUCUCUCUCUGCCUCGCUCUCUCUCUCUCUCUCUCUGUCUGCCUCACACUCUCUCUCCUCCUCUCUCUCUCGCUCUCUCUCUCUCUCUGCCUCUCUCUCGCUCUCUCCAUCUCUCUCUCCCCCCUCUCUCUCUACCCAAAAGUGUAGCUCUCCAUAGGGGAUAGCAGCUGGGGCUGGGGCACACUCUGGGCGAUUUACCCAUAGGAUUACCCCCAUUUUCAGACACAGACAGGCUGGUGCCCGCUAUCUCUUGGAAUCCCUCUUAGCCUAAUUAAUCUAUCAAUCAUAAUCAGUAUUUUUAUGAUUCAUGGAGCUCAUUACACCAACACAUCUCUCACAGAGCACUCACUGAUCCAGAGCCAAGACUGGGUAGGAUAGCCCCUCCUUCUUUGGCUAGCCCAGCACAUGAGAUCAACAGGUUCUUAUGAAAGGUGUGUAAGGCUUGUGUGUGUGUGUGUGUUCCUCAGGAGGGAAGCCCUUCUUCACGAGGAACCCAGCGGAGCUAAAGGGAACCUUCAUCAACACUAAACUGAGGAAGAGCCACCGGGGGUUCGGCUUCACCGUAGUCGGGGGCGACGAGCCUGAUGAGUUCCUUCAGAUCAAGAGUCUGGUUCUGGACGGGCCUGCUGCCCUCGAUGGCAAGAUGGAGACAGGUGGGAUGCCGCUCUAUCAUUCCCUGUCAUUAUUAAGAGGUGGUCACCAACUCCUUGAGAGCUACAGAGAGUGCAUGCUUUUGUUCCAACCCUGCACUAAAACAAUUGACUAAUCAAGGUUGGUUUAUUUGUUUAUUUACUGAAUCUGGUGCUCUCCAGGAUCCGGAUUGGUGACAACUGACUGGUUUAGGUUUUAUAGUGUACUGUAGGCGUUCUAAUUGAGCAAUUUACAGUUUAAGUGUUACUUCCAAGAUUUUUUGACAUGGAGCUAAUUAUCCGACAUUCAUUUAUUCUUCUAUUCCCCAGGUGACGUGAUCGUGAGUGUCAAUGACACAUGCGUGCUAGGCUACACCCACGCCCAGGUGGUGAAGGUCUUCCAGUCCAUCCAUAUUGGCUCCAUGGUCAACCUGGAGCUGUGCCGCGGCUACCCCCUGCCUUUUGACCCCGACGACCCCAACACCAGCAUGGUGACCUCCGUGGCCAUCGUGGACAAGGAGCCGAUCAUCAUCAAUGGCCAGGAUAGCUACGACUCCCCGUCCAGCCACGGCAGCCAUACUGGAGGCCCUGUUAAUGGCAUGAGGGAGUCGAGACCACACAGUCCCUCCUCCGCAGAGGUGGCGUCCAAUGGCUCGCACGGUUACCUCAGCGACUCUGUGACGCUGGCGUCGUCCAUAGCGACGCAGCCGGAGCUGAUCACAGUGCACAUGGAGAAGGGAGACAAAGGCUUUGGGUUCACCAUCGCAGACAGCCCUGCAGGGGGAGGACAGAGGGUCAAACAGAUAGUGGACUACCCCCGCUGCAGGGGCCUGAAGGAGGGGGACAUUAUCGUGGAGGUGAACAAGAGGAACGUCCAGAGCAUGAGCCACAACCAAGUGGUGGACCUGCUCAGCAAGUGCCCCAAAGGAAGUGAG